AAAUCAACCUUCUUGCUUUAUCAGUGGGCAAGAAACCGGUUCAUCAGUCAUACGAGCUGGACAAAUAGCUAGCUAUAUGAGGGUCAUUUAUUUCGACCGACUCAAAUGUUACAUGAUUGACAGCUAGCUAACGCGUUAGCAGCUAGGUGGAUGACAAGCUAGCGAUGAUCGUGGUUUUAUUGUUUGCCCUGUCAAAACCGUUAUUUUUAGCCAGCUAACGUUAACUUUUGCAUAUUCUGUCAAUCAUCGAGAUCAACCCAAAUGGCAGAGAACUGGCAGGACGCGACCUGUCAACAGGUCAAGUUGAUAGCAGGUCGCCUGAAUGAGCUUCUUUCCACUGGCCUAGACCUCUUGCACUCAGAACUCGGGGUGGAUUUUGGAGUGAAGCCCGAGAUUCCGCCAUGGUUGAUCUUCUUAGCAGCGUGCAUUGGGCUCGUGCUAAUGGUGGCUAUGUGGGCCUCCGCAUGUCGCGGGCUCUUCAAGAAGCGACCGACCAUAGUUGAAGUUGAGGCCAUGGAAAGCACUAAACCAGCUACUAUCAAGACGGCAAAAGCAGAGGAACCGAAGAAAAAGAAAAGGAAACCUACAGAAAAGAAAUCACAGCCAAAUGGUAGUUUAGUUGCUGAGCUACAAGAGGAAGUCAGAGUGACUGAAGAAGACAACCUGCCAGUAGUGCCACAUCAUUCUCAAGUCAAGACAGAAAAGGCUUCUGAGGUAAAGAAUACAAAGAAGAAGCAGAAACAGGCAGUAAAGGAGGCUAAGACGGCUUCUUCUCAUGGCAAGGAAUCGGAGGAAGUAUCAGGCACCUGGGAGACCAAGGUCAGUAACAAGGAGAAGCGUGAGCAGCGCCGUAAAGACAAGACCACCGGUGACGGCUCAGGGAGCCCUGGAGGAGUGGAUCCUCUGCCUAGUACUCCUCCCACAGAGUCAACCAAAGUCAGCCCCAAAGCUGCAAACCCUGGGUCUGUCUCUGAGAAGAAGGAAAAGAAGAAGAAAGGAGAAUCCUCCAAAACCAAAGCAGAGAAAGCAGGUGCCGUUGCUGCUGUUGCCGUAGGCAGACCUCAAGCUAUCAGCAGCGAGGAGGCUCCGGUAGUGACUGGAGGAUGGACUGACCGGGCUGUGACGGCCCCAGCCCUUACCAUUGUUCCUGAUAAGGAGCACUGGACCACUUCUGAGAGCAAUCAAGACACCACUGUCUGGGGGCACGAGACUGAAAGAAAUGAUAGUACAGUGGAACCCCAGCUGCCGUGUCCCAGCCAGCCAGACGAGCCAGACGAGUGGUCUGGUCUGAAUGGUGAUGGGUCUGCUGCUGCAGCAGACGGGUGCUCUGACUGGAAUGCCCCAGCGGAGGUGUGGGGGAACUAUGAGGAACUCCCUGCUCCAGUAGAGGCUGCCCCCCCUGUCCUCGAGGAGUCCCUGCCAGAGACGGUCAAGCAAGUAUCUGAUGAAGAGAGAGAAAAGGCGGAGCCUGCCGCUGAUGGAACUGGUAAAUUGAAAAAGAAGAAGAAGAAGAAGAAGAAGCAAGCUGAAGAUGAUGUAGUUACUGGCCAGGAGUCAGAGGAGCGAAGUAAAAAGGUUGUUGCUGAGGCCAAGGUGAAGAAGCAGCCAAUCCAGGAGCCUACUGCUCCUGCUGUCAAUGUUGCUGCUGUGAAGGCAAGAGUGGAGCAACCAGUUGUGGUUCAGAACACAGCCCCCAUCACACAAGUGCCACCCCAACCCGCAGAGACGGAGCCUACUGCCAAGCAGAACAGUCUACCUGCUCCAACACAUAAAAAACCUGAAGAGAGCCAGCCUUCCAAACCAGUGAUGAAGAAGAAACGGGCAAGAAGAGAAACAUGAGUUGGAGUCAUGAACAUUAUAUGCAAAAUACUUUGGAUAAAACAGCUGUUUAUGCAACAUAUAAAUACUUCCCCUUUUAAAAACGGAAAUAUCAAACUUCUAAGUUCUGACCGGCCAGCUUCAUAUCCAAAAUACAGCCUGGUCAAGCAGACUGGAUCUAGAUGAACUGUAAAGCUAAAUUCUGCGAUUCUGAUCAAUAUCGUAGUGUGGGCACACAUGAACUGUUUUCCAAUUCCAAUGAAUCAUUCGAACGAUCAUGUUUGAUGAUUAGACAUCUAGAAAAUGAAUAAUAAAUCCUGAUUUAAUAGUGAUUGGGAUGUUGUGGCUUUGAGAUUAUUAUAGAGGAAGAGUCAGCCGAGUCACGUUACUGGCCUUUAUUCUGCAGUCUUUGUUUGCUGUUUAUAUCGUUAACCAUAUUGGUGCAGUGACUCCUGCUCAAAAGGUCAAGUCCAACACUACAAGGUUGUGUUCAAUAGGGCACAUGGUAGCGAACCGUUUUGAAAGGGAAAAACUAAAUAAGCGAUUGCUAUCUGACAAGUCCAGGUAGUCCUCCCUGUUUCAGUCAAUUUUGUACUGUUUGGUGUCUCAUGAAAACGACCCAAGGGAAUCAUGUUUAGCAUUUGGAUGCAGGUGGUGUUAGUGGUAUCUCUACUAUUCUGCUGUACAUGGAAAAUACAUACUUUCAGUUACUUGCUGUUAUUUUGAUAAUCAGUGUUGUGCUCAGACUGUGUAGUUGCUUCUACCAUUGAUGGCUGUUGUCCUGUCCACCCGUGGUUGAUGAUUCAAAAGUCCUCAACCUUUUGUAACCUCUUUGUAAUGAAACCGCUUCAAGCCAUAUGUAAAAAAUAAAAAGGCCCUUUUCUAUAUUUGAUUUGUCUUUUAUAUUUCUAUAGUUUUUUCCUAUUAAUCAGUUACCUCUUAUUUUUCUCUUUCUUUUGAGCAACUGAUUGGUGUUUAGUCCUGCUGUAGACAGGAUGGUUUCAAACUGCUUUAAUCAAUUAUGUAUUUGUAAUGAUGCAGUAAUCAGGAAUACAAUUUGAUGCCUUAGUUGGUUGGGUAAUGUAGGCAUGUGCUCUACCAACCGUUUUAAUGUGCUGAUUGUGUCCUAUGUUGGACCAUGUUUAUUCUGCACCCUGAAUCUUUCUCCACUUGUCUUUCUUCUUCUGGAAAUGUAACAUGUGAAUUGCUUCCAUUUUUCCUGAUUGGGGAUAGUAAUGUCUCGGUUGAAUUAUUUAAAUCAAUGUGUUUGAUACUUGUCCUUUACCUCUGUCUUUAUUGUCAGAAUGUUCCAAAUGCAAUAGAAUCAUAUGCCCUUUGUGUGAAUUUCUACCAUAAAGAUCAUAAAGGCA